UGAUAAUAAAAUUGGUGCAAUUGGUGCAUCAGACUUAGGUUCUGCUUUAGCAAAUUGCAUUAAUCUCUCUAAUUUGACACUUAUUCUUAAUUUGAAUAAAAUUUGUGCAAUUGGUGCAUCACGCUUAGGUUAUUCUUUAGCAAAUUGCAUUAAUCUCUCAAAUUUGACACUUAAUCUUAGUAAUAAUCAAAUUGGUGCAAUUGGUGCAUCAGGCUUAAGUUCUGCUUUAGCAAAUUGCAUUAAUCUCUCAAAUUUGACACUUAUUCUUAAUGAUAAUAAAAUUGGUGCAAUUGGUGCAUCAGACUUAGGUUCUACUUUAGCAAAUUGCAUUAAUCUCUCAAAUUUGACACUUAACCUAUAUUACAAUCAAAUUGGUGCAAUUGGUGCAUCAGGCUUAGGUUAUGCUUUAGCAAAUUGCAUUCAUCUCUCAAAUUUGACACUUGAUCUUAGUAACAAUAAAAUUGGUGAUGAAGGUGUAUCAGGCAUAGGUUAUGCUUUAGCAAAUUGCAUUAAUAUUUCAAAUUUGACACUUCAUCUUAGUAACAAUCAAAUUGGUGAUGACAGUGCAUUAGGCUUAGGUUCUGCUUUAGCAAAUUGCAUUAAUCUCUCAAAUUUGACACUUAAUCUUAGUUUGAAUAAUAUUAGUGCAAUUGGUGAAUCAGGCUUAGGUUCUGCUUUAGUAAAUUGUAUUAAUCUCUCAAAUUUGACACUUGAUCUUAAUGAUAAUUAAAUUGGUGCAAUUGGUGCAUCAGGCUUAGGUUUUGCUUUAGCAAAUUGCAUUAAUCUCUCAAAUUUGACACUUGAUCUUAGUUACAAUCAAAUUGGUGAUGAAGGUGCAUCAGGCUUAUGUUCUGCUUUAGCAAAUUGUAUUCAUCUCUAAAAUUUGACAAUUGAUCUAUGUAAGAGUUAAAUUGGUGAUGAAGGUGCAUAAGGCUUAGGUUCUGCUUUAGCAAAUUGCAUUAAUCUCUCAAAUUUGACACUUAACCUUUAUAACAAUCGAAUUGGUGCAAUUGGUGCAUCAGGCUUAGGUUUUGCUUUAGCAGAUUGCAUUAAUCUCUCAAAUUUGAGACUUUACCUUGAUUAGAAUAACCUUGGUGCAAAUGAAGCUAAGAAAAUUGGAAUGGUCUUAGAGAAGUGCUAAGAUUUAAAAUCUUUGAAUCUAAAUUUAAGUUCAAAUAACCUUGGUGCAGAUGGAGCUAAGUACAUUGCAAUGAGCUUGGAGAAAUUAAAAAAUAUGUCAUCUUUGAUUCUCAAUCUCAGUUCAAAUAACCUUGGUGCAGACGGAGCUAAGAAUAUUGGAAAGAGCUUGGAGUAGUGCAAAAAUAUAACAUUUUUGAGUCUUGAUCUCAGUUCGAAUAACCUUGAUGUAGAUGGAGCUUAGAACAUUGGAAUAAGCUUGGAGAAGUGCCAAAAAUUAACAUCUUUGAAUCUCAAACUUGGUGGGAAUGAUCUUGGUAAAGAUGGAACUAAGAAUAUUAGAAUUUACUUAGUGAAGUGCGAAAAUAUUAAAAAUUUGAAUCUCAGUAUUUGGUAAUUUAACUAGUUUAGCUGUCAAUUUAUUUAGUUUUUUUAAUAAUUAAUAUAUUUGUGAGAUUUAAACUUCAAAACAAAUGGGUUUCAAAAAUCUUUUGAUCCACAACAAACAAGCAAACAAACAAACAAACAAACUCAUAAAUUACUUUUGUUUAAUUUUAGUGCAUUUAAAUUUAUUUGUUUAUUCUCUAAAACAACUUCCUAAUUUAUUUUAAACAUAAAUAAGCACUUUUUUAUAUAUUUAGCAAAAUAACUCAUUAACUAACUGAUUUAUUAAUUAUUUUUAUACAUUAAUUAUUUAUAAAUUUUAUAGAUACAAUUUAUUGCUUGGAUAAGAAGUUUAAAAUUAAACUGGAGAACUGAAAAAAAAAUAAACUGUUAAGAUAUUUUUAAAAAAUAAAUAUUGAGAAAUUAAUUAAACUAAUUACAAUUUUUAGUAUUAAUUAAAAAAAAUUUUAAGUAAAAACUUCAUGUUUUAAUGUAAUAAGUC